AUGGCUCUGGUGCAACUUCGGAGGGAUCGACUGGCGGCAGAAAAAAGCGAAAUAGAUCGUUAUUUCCCUGGCUGUGUGAAAUGGAUCGAUCCUACCGGCGAUACGAAAGUAGAAGUCGCGCUGAAAACAAACAACGACAAGAAGUAUACGUUGAGAAUCUACAUUGGAAAUUAUCCACAUUCAGUACCAGACAUGGUUGUGGUGUCUUCGCCAAAGCCGAUGCCUGAUUGGGAAAAUAGUUCCACCAGCCAUACUCUGUCGAAACGCGAUGGGUAUUUACGAAUUUGUCAUUGGCACAGCAGCCAUUGGACGGAUCGCAUCGCGUUGCAUGAAGUCGUUUUGAAGGGUCGUCUCUGGCUUGAAGCUUACGAAUGUCACCUCAAAACUGGACAACUGAUGAUUUCUCUUCUUCCGCUAAUGGUACCAGAGUCAAAGAGCUCAAAGUAG